AUGGGUCACUCUGGAGAAUCUGGAUUUAAUGAUUACAGUAAUCAUCACAAGAAAAAGCUGUAUACUAUUGUAAUCAAGUUGGGAACUUCUUCGCUGUGCGAUGAAAAGACCCAUGAGCCCAAGAUUGCCAAUAUGGCUUUAAUUGUGGAAACAGUUGUGAAGUUGCGCCGUGAUGGACAUAGAGUAAUUAUUGUUUCCUCUGGAGGUAUUGCCGUUGGUUUGAGACAGAUGAAGCUUCCUCGUAGACCCAAGCAUUUGAGUGCGGUACAGGCUAUUGCAGCCAUUGGUCAAGCCCGGUUGAUUGGGCAAUGGGACGAUAUGUUUCGACAGUUGCAGCAACCGAUUGCUCAGAUUCUGUUGACGCGAUCUGAUAUUGCUGAUCGGACGCAAUAUUUGAAUGCGGCCAACACGAUGAACGAGCUAAUUAAUAUGGGAGUUGUGCCGAUUGUUAAUGAGAAUGAUACAUUGUCAGUGCAUGAGAUUCGUUUUGGUGAUAAUGAUACAUUGUCUGCAAUUACAGCAGGGAUGGUUAAUGCUGAUUUUUUGUUUUUGAUGACAGAUGUGGACUGUCUUUAUACAGAUAAUCCACGGGUUAAUCCUGAUGCACGCCCUAUUCUUGUUGUGGACAAUAUUGCGAAGCUGCGGGUGGAUGUUUCAUCUCCAGGGAGUACAGUGGGGACAGGAGGGAUGACUACGAAGUUGAUUGCAGCGGAACUGGCGACGAGUGCUGGAGUGACUACGAUUAUUUGCAAGUCUUCAGUUCCUGGCAAUUUAUUUUCUAUUGUGAGGUAUAUUCAAGGUCAUGAUUCACCUCGGUUGGGUCCGAUUGAAGAUAGUGUUGAGGCUUUAACACUUGCACGACAAAGGUCACGGGAAGGAUAUGAAACUCAAGGUGAUUUGGAGAAUAGUGAGAAGGUACAGCAGGAGGUAUUAGAGAGUUUGUCUAAGGAAGAUGUGCCAUUGUUUACACGGUUUUUGCCUAAGCGGCAUCCUAUUCGAGACCGGGAGUUUUGGAUUUUGCAUGGUCUAACAGGUCAUGGCAAGCUUUAUGUUGAUCGUGGUGCAUACCGGGCGAUUACUCGUUCUAACAAGGCAGGGUUAUUACCAGUAGGGAUAUUAAAGGUUGAGGGGAACUUUCAUACUUCUGAAUGUGUUGAAGUAUAUGCGGCUAAGCGGAAAGUUAGUGGUGAUGAUGCUGAUGGGAGUAAAGUUGCAGAGGUGGAUGAAUCUGAGGAGCCAGUAUUGAUUGGAAGGGCACUUGUGAAUUAUUCUUCUGUUGAGAUUGAGAGGAUUAGAGGAGAGCAGAGUAGUUUGAUUGAGACUCUUUUAGGGUAUGCGGAUAGUGAGUAUGUUGCGUAUCGGGACAAUAUGGCUUUUUUUAAGGGUAAGCGGGCACAUGAGAUAUUGAGUCAGACAGAGAUUAGUGCUUUAGAGCGAGGAAUUGAAAAUUGA